CGGAUUUGUACAACUCUCAUGUCUUCCUCACGCUCGUCCCGUUUUGCAUCUGUCUCCAGGGUAGUCUCCGUCCUGCUGAACACACCCUUGGUCGAGCGUCGCGUCGAGUCUGACCAUGAGGAUGCCCAUCAAUCAAAAGAUACCGUUGCGAUUGCAAUGAGGGAUUUUAGUCCUGUAACAUCGAUUGACUCCUUUUCUGAACCGUCAUCACGACGGAGUUCACCAUAUCUGUCGGAUCUGAGUCGUACGACGCAAAGCCUCCAAAACUCACGAAUUUACGCAUGAUUAUUCCCUUUACUAGAUACAUACACGACAUGAUACCCUAUGAAUAAUAUCACCCGAAUAAUUUGUCCCGAUCUACCCAGCUUGUUGUAUUACGUGUUCACAGUUGGCCGAUUUCAGACUCUGCCUAGUUUGGACCAUAGUUCCCACGAUUCAUUUCUCUUUCCCAAGACUGUCAUGGCGUUGUCAAUUCCUCGCUUUUCGAAUCCACACUUUCUAGUAUCAGAACUGAAAAACAUCACGCGCAAAGACCUGUUCUCAGAAUCAGAUCUCGAAGAUUUUGAUGACACCCAUGGAAACCUUGUCACGUCUCUGGAUGAAAAGAUACGGAAAACGUUAGACGUCGAAACUACAAGUAGGAAACGAAGAAAAACUUCCAACUUGGUCAAAGAGACAGGGAACGAUAAUGAACAGCUGCUAUUCAGAUUGUGGUCGACGUCCACCCAGCCGCAACACGUCAAGCUAUACCCUGAGCACGGCACCCAAACGUUCAUAAAUCCUCCGCGACAACGUGAAGACUCUGAGCCGCAAGAUAGCCAAAGACGCAAACGGGCAGAGGCUAUCGCGGUAGAUAUUGAUUGGUUACACGGAGAAUCCAAUAAACCAACUAUGCCUUUUCCUUCGAGCACCACGAAACUCAUUCAUUCAAAAGCUCCGUCUCUCACCCACACGCCCUGCUUUAUGGUAGCCCAAGUCUUGCAACCCAUCCGGAAAACCAAACCACCAGUACCUUCUUCCGCGUUGGUGUAUCACCCAUACGCCGCGAAUGCACCGCUACCACCCAGCCGGCGCAACGAGAGCAACCGGUAUAUCGAUAUCGAACUGCUAGGGGAGAAUCCUGCAGUGAGAACAAAGCGAACUCGCCAUAGUCGGAAACACCGCCCCGUUUUCUAAUUGCAUAAAUUGCACGCUCAGAGAUUCAGUAAAGCGGCGACUUUGCGGUCCGCGUUUCAGUCCUCUGUCAUAUGGUCUCGCCCUAUUCCCGAGACUGUCGACAGUUCUAUGCCGCCGAUUGUAUCCGCCCUUUGGAAGAGGAAAGCAUGGGAAUGUGACGCCGUCUUGUAUUUCUGUUCAUGGCGAUUACCAGUACUCUGGAGGGACUUUAUCCUUUCCGGAAACUUGUCAAUUAGACAGCCCGACUCAGACUACAGACCAGCCGCAAAAGCUUUGCAAAAAAUACGGAUUCCCCGUGUCUAUUUGACGUGACUAGGAAAUCACUCAGUAGAAUCUUUACAAGUCAAAAAAAGUGCAGGCGAAUAAAAGCAGAGUGUGCGUGAAAUUACAUCGCAAAGACCCUUAUAAAAAUAGAU